AAGCUCGGCGAGGCUUCCUUGUGGCGCAUUGGGCUUCCUUCCUCCUCCUUCUAGUCCUAGUCAGGAUGGGUCUCUCGGGGUGGCUGUGUCUGUGGGCGGCCGUGGUGGUGGGCGCAGUGGCCGGGGCCGGGGCCGAGCGGAUUGUGGGGGCGCCGGUGGAGGUCUCGGCCAACGAGGAGGGCGUCCAGCAGGCCCUCCGCUUCGCCAUGAACCAGUACAACAGCGCCAGCAACGACAUGUACGGCAGCCGCGUCGCCCAGGUCCUCAGCGUCAAGAAGCAAAUUGUUGCUGGAAUCAAAUAUAUUAUCACUGCUAAAGUGGGGCGAACAACUUGUACUAAGUCAGCAGCUAGCCUGGAGAACUGUGCCUUCCAUGAAGCACCAGAACUGGCUAAGCAUGUGACUUGCAAUUUUGAGGUGUACAGUGUUCCUUGGUUAAACCGCAUUUCCUUGCUCAAAAACAACUGCGAGUAAACCUGUUUAUUUUGGACCAGGAAAACAAGCUGCCGUUCUGAAGAUAUUUUCCCCUUUUUAUGAAGAGCAAUAAUUCAGAUGUUUUCACAAGAAUGAGGUUUCUGCUAACUCCGAAAUACUUACAUAUACUUGUUUGAAACAAGUAAAUCCGUAUAGUAUUCUUUAAAAGAUGCUUUCUAACUGUUUCUUAUUGCUUAUCAUUUACUUUGUAACCAGUGUUAUCAUGCUAUAUUAGAUUGGGGGAAAAUAAAAAAUUACUUUGUCAAGGAUUGACUUUUAAAAA